AUGGCACAAGCUGUGUGCUUAAAGAGUCUGCCUGACAAUGGAGGCGACGGCAGCCGAUCCAGGCGACGUGGAGGCGACGGCAGCCGAUCCAGGCGACUCAGGAACCAGGGCCGGAGGACCCACGGGAACCAGGGCCGGAGGACCCACGGGAACCAGGGCCAGAGGACCCACGGGAACCAGGGCCAGAGGACCCACGGGGACCAGGGCCAGAGGACCCACAGGAACCAGGGCCAGAGGACCCACGGGAACCAGGGCCAGAGGACCCACGGGAACCAGGGCCAGAGGAUCCACAGGAACCAGGGCCAGAGGACCCAUGGGAACCAGGGCCGGAGCAGGAGGGCCAACGAGAACCAGGGCCGGAGCAGGAGUGCCAACGGGAACCAGGGCCGGAGCAGGAGGGCCAACGGGAACCAGGGCCGGAGCCGGAGGGCCAACGGGAACCAGGGCCGGAGCCGGAGGGCCAACGGGAACCAGGGCCGGAGCCGGAGGGCCAACGGGAACCAGGGCCGGAGCUGGAGGGCCAACGGGAACCAGGGCCGGAGCCAGAGGGCCAACAGGAACCCGAGCAGGAUGGCCAACAGGAACCUGAGCAGAAGGGCCACCAGGAACCAGAGCAGAAGGGCCACCAGGAACCAGAGCAGAAGGGCCACCAGGAACCAGAGCAGAAGGGCCACCAGGAAUCAGAGCAGAAGGGCCACCAGGAACCAGAGCAGAAGGGCCACCAGGAACCAG